AUGGGAAACGCCACUUUCCAAAGUAUCGAUCGCAACAUGGAGUCGAUUGCAGUUACCAUCACCAACGCGAUGCGCACGCAAGGUAGCGGCCUUAACAUGAGCCUUCCCUACGAACCCAUACCGAUCUUUGCGAAAGGAAUCGUGAUGCAGACGACAGAGAUCCCAGCGUGGAAAUCAAGCGUGUUGCCUUUGCUGCUUACCGGGAAUCAAGUCGGGGCUGUGGCUAGUGCGAUAGACAUCGACAAGACCAAGGCAAACACGAACAAUCUCGUUGUCAGUCUCGCGCACUUGGAAAGAGGAUGGGAAUUCGUUGUCGAGAGCCACGGAGAGAAGAAGAGGAAGUAG